CCGAGUGAAAAUGGCCCGAGGACAGAUCGUGCACACGCUGCGAGUGAACGACGGACAAUGGCACAAACUGCACUUGCUCUUUAAUCCGUCUUUGAUUGAGCUAUCAGUUGAUAACGUGGCGAUGAGCACGCGCAUCGAAAGCGGCGGCACUAGGUACCUCGAAUUGUCUGAUUCUUUCUAUCUCGGCGGCAUUGAGAGCGAGAAGAGGCAGAGGGCUUUUGCUAAAGGGAUUAAAGCUGCCGACUCUAGUAUAAUGGGAUGCAUAAAACCUAUAGAGGUUGACGACAAGAUCUUUGGAUUACCCAACGCCGUGGUAACAUACGGUGUGAGUCCAAAAUGUGUGUGGUGGUAUCCGUGUCAUGCCAGCCCUGGGAAUCCCCCGUGCGUACCUCAAGCGGUGUGCGCCCAACACGGUGUCGACCACUUCACUUGCAAAUGUGAUACCGACUUGUGUAUCAACCCGGACUACAGCGAGAAAUAUAAGGUAUUCUCAAAAUCAAGCAGCGAGUUGGAGUUGGUAGCGUUGUAUCCCUUAACGGUACAAGAAGGUGGGGUUGCUGUGAUUACUACACAGAACAUUGACGUGGUGUUAGACCAUCAUAAGUAUGGCGUCCGGCCGUCUGGAGUGGUCUUGCAUGUGACUCAGUCCCCUCAGCAUGGACGCAUAGCAGUUGACCUGUCGCUGCAGAGAAACUCACCACAAUACAACUAUAUUGAAGGAGAGGGGAAAUCCAAGCAGUUCUUUACGUUGCUGGAUCUGUCUAGGGAUAAGGUACGUUAUGUCCACGACGGGUCAGAAAACCACCACGACGCCAUAGUCCUCGACAUGGAGCUGAUUCAAGAGACAAAGUUCACACUACCGAGCUACCUCCAAGGUCGGAACACCUUCGUACUCCACGUAAAUGUGACGCCUGUGAAUGACCCACCUGUGCUGAAUCUGUUGCCAGGGAAAGUUCUGAGGCUCACUCAGGGUACACGUAAAGUGAUCACCUCGGAUAUACUGAGGGCAGAAGAUCCCGACACGCUACCCGAGGACCUGUUGUAUACAGUGUUGCACGGAAAGAACGAAAUCAAUAGGUAA